AUGGAGAAGAGAUUCUGGGAGCAGCUCAGUUUGGCCCUCGCCUUCCUCCUCCUGAAUGUGGGCUCUGGUGGGACUGAAGAAUUCCCUUCCGGCUUCUUUGGACCUGCAGGCCUGCCAGGCAUUCCAGGGAUGCCAGGGAUGCCAGGCAAGGAUGGACGUGAUGGGAUCAAGGGAGCCAAAGGAGAGCCAGGCAUCCCAGCUCAUCCUGCAACACGAGGGCCCAAGGGCAUGCGAGGGGACCCAGGCCUCGAUGGCGUCCCAGGCAAGAGAGGCAUGCCUGGUCUCCCUGGUCCCACUGGAGAGCCCGGGGUGAUGGGUCUGGCUGGAGAGCCAGGAGAGCCAGGCAUCUACAAGCAGAACUACCAGUCAGCAUUCUCAGUGACAAGGCAGACCGUGGGGCACCCCUUGAAGAACGUCCCCGUGGUGUUCAACCACGUCAUCACCAACAUCAACCAGGACUACAACACCACCUCGGGCAAGUUCACCUGCAAGCUGCCAGGGCUCUACUACUUCGUCUUCCACAACUCACAGACAGCCAACCUCUGUGUCAUCCUCCACAAGAACCAGAUGAGGGUUGCUAGCUUCUGUGACCACAACACCAACACUGUGCAGGUCAGCUCUGGGGGGAUCCUGCUCCAGCUGGCUGCUGGGGAUGAUGUGUGGCUCGGGGUGAACGACUACAACGGCAUGGUUGGCAUCCCCAACUCUGACUCUGUCUUCUCUGGCUUCCUGCUCUUCCCAGACUAG